GACCUGUGACCUUCGGCGCUCAACGUGGAAGUUUGCUGCCUUCCCCCACAACACGAACCACGAACCGUCCACCAGAAACCACGCCUGGAUUACUCUUCGCUUGCGGCGACAAGCAGGAAGUGGACGACACGGGCAGUUCCGGUUCCUGUGUGCCGAACCAGGAAGUGCGGGAGCGAGGGUAAUGUUUACUGAACACCGUUUUAUCAAAGAAGACCCGCAGCCGCUCAGACCCCAGUUCCCCGGGGAUUUCGUUCUGAAUUUCUCAGCUGCUUUCCCCUGCAUUUUGGAUACGUGCGUGGCAGUUGCCCUGCGCCGACAGCCGGAUAUGUUGCUCGCAAGAAGGGGCCAAGCUGUAUUCCUGCUUCUCUACGCGAGCUGUGCCGCCGCGCAGGGGGCGGACGGACCCCAGAGCGACCCGCCGGGGAACAGCUCCAUGAUUCCCGCCCACCGCCUGGCUAGCCUGCCCGCCCUCCGGGACAUCGUGGUGAAGGAGGGCUCCAGCACUCUCAUUGAGUGCAACGUGACGGGGAGCCAUGAGGGCAUCCAGUGGUACAACUCCAAGGGGCACGUCCUGGACGAGGAGGGCGGAGGGGGGAAAUGGCUCAUUUUGGAUAAAGGCAUCUUGAACAUCACCACUGUGACUUUCGAAGACCGAGGCAGGUACACAUGUAUAGCAUCCGGCCCGUCCGGGACCUCCAACUACACCAUCACCCUGCGCGUGGCGUACACGUACAGCGGCCUGGGCCUGUACUACGUCAUCGUGUGCCUGGUGGCCUUCACCAUCAUCAUGGUCCUCAACAUCACCCGCCUCUGCAUGGUCAGCAGCCACCUGCGCAAGACGGAGAAGGCCAUCAACGAGUUCUUCAGGACGGAGGGGGCAGAGAAGCUGCAGAAGGCCUUCGAGAUCGCCAAGCGCAUUCCCAUCAUCACCUCCGCCAAGACUCUGGAGCUGGCCAAAGUCACCCAGUUCAAGACGAUGGAGUUCGCCAGGCACAUCGAGGAGCUGGCGCGGAGUGUCCCCCUGCCUCCCCUGAUCCUGAACUGCAGGGCGUUCGUGGAGGAGAUGUUUGAAGCUGUUCACCUCGAGGACCCGGGCCAGCCCAGGAAGGCGGGCAAAGAAUGCCAAGCCAUCGACCGAUGCCCAGACGGGUGCCAGGACAGGGUCUACAGCAUCGAGUCGGCGGUUCAACAUGGCGGCGCGCAGGAAGCACUCCUCGGGGAAGAGGCCGUGCAGGAGCGGAGCCGGGAAGUGCAGGUGUCCAUCCACAAGGAAUCCAGCACCGGGGCCCAGAGCGAAGGCCUGAGAGAGAACGAGGAAGAAUCGUCUCCCUCCGCGCUGGAGGCAAGCGCCUCUCAAUGCGUCGUUUAUGAAAGCCACAUCUAACGAGGAUGUGACUGCAGGUCUCGCUGGCUGCAGUCUUCUGGGCGUUGGGUGUGCUUUAGACCCACGAAGGCAUUGUCAGUGCAGGCUGUAAGAUCAUUCCAGGGUGGAAAGAAGACUUUUAACAUUCAGAGCUUGCCACAGCUCCAGGCAGAGGUGAAAACAAAACCCCAAGUGCUCCUGUGUUUUGUAGGGUUGCACCAGUUCACUACUGGUCCCCAGAUCAGGAUCUCCUGUCUUGGCCAGGUCUGUCCAGGACCUUAUUUUCCCAGCGCAUGCCUUCACAGAAAGGAGACCAUCUUGAAAGUAAGAUGGAAUUGGCUCAAUUAAAAUGUUAAAAGCAUAGACCUCUUUAAAACAGAGUUUAGGCCCUUGGACUGGAGCUGUUUCCCUGGAGCUUACAUCAAGAUAUAGAUUUAUAAAAAUACAUUUGGUGCACAUAAUUGGUGGGACUAACUGGGUAUAUUCAUUGCUGUUGGGUACAGAGGAACUCUUCAUUACUCAAAAAAAAAAUCCUUGGAGUGUAGUGGUAGUUUUGUGUUUUGUAAAUCAUUUCCUAUUUGUUAGUGUUUCCCAGGUGAUUGAAGCAGUGCUGGAAUGCUGUGCAGCAUUUCCUUCAAGAGAGGCUGGUGCUUUCACAAUGACCAGCUACUGUUCGCUUCGGGCUGCCAGUGAAACGGCAUGCAGGGGCCUGCCGGGCGGCUCAGCUGGUACAGGCACUCGCCCGGGAGCAGGUGGAGCUCUGUGAUCAGGGGUUCAAGCCAGGGUCGCGUCACUGGCAAAAUAUGCAUGGAUCUUCCCCAAGCGAGGAUGAACGACGGGUGCUGGUUGUGGGUGGGACUAGCCACUCAAAGAGUGACUCCCAAGCGCCGCUGUCGGUGGGGGACGCGGCCCUCCUCCAAUCGGCACUCGCGCUGCGAUAUUGGGCGGUGCUGCCCAGGGCGUGUUCAAAGGCCCGCGCCUCCAAGGUGUCGGGCCUUUGAACUCGUUCUCCCCCCGUGCGCCGCGGUGGUGCAGCCUGGGGCUCAGGCGCCACACAAAAAAAUCCGUUCUCUGCUCCGAGGGGAGUGGGUAGAACUAAAAUCGUCAUACGGAAGCUAAAGAAAAAAAUCAAAUAUAAACACCACCCGCUUCUUUUCCUACUGUUGGUUUAUUGCUUCCUGGGACUAAAGUCCUAAGAACUGAAGAGAAGCAAAACUGUCUGAGGGGGGCAAGCGCAGCUCUUCCCGUUUCUCCCCACUGUGUGUCAGAUCUGCUCUCCGUUUCCCGGGCCUUAGGAAUGGUUCUGAGCGCGGUGCUGCACGUCGCUGGAGAGGCACACGGGCUCCGGGAGCGCACCCUGCAGUCGGGAAAACUGUGCUUCUUGAAAUAGAAAAUAGAAAUAGAAAUAGAAGCCUGGAAUGUCAUGAGGAGAACAGGAAGGCAUUCCCUCCCAGAAGGAAGUGAUGUCUUUAGCAUUAAACACUCGGAGCUGGAUUAUUAGGCCGUGAUUAGAGGUUGUCCUAGACUUUAGGUAAAAUAGCGUUGUGUAGGCCAGCAUCAGUGCUAAUCAGGGCUUAUGUUCUAUGAUGUGGUGCUCUGUAGUCCUUAAAGUGCACUGUGGCUGCCCCGUAAGAAAAAGUGUAUUUAGCUUACUUGAUAAUGCUUUCAGCAUGUUGUUAUACCUCGUCUUUGUUGUUUCUUCAAGGUCUCAAGUGUGAAUUCAUUAUUUAUUGUGAAGGACCAGCAGUGCAGUGCAUAAAGCAGCAAAAUUGUGAUAGGUUUACACAUUGAUUUUCCUUUAUGUAACUCUCCAUUAGGUAACCUUUUGUUGUUUUGUAUACAAGGAAGAGAUGAUGAUAUGAAGAAGCUUAAUAUUCAGCAAUAACAUUUUCAGGAAAGCUGUAGGAUUUUUUUUGUUCUAAGUCUUUGAGUGUGGUUUAGCUCAUAAUGUAGUUAACGAGCUCAAUUGCAGUGCUGCUCUCGUCCCAGCAGGUGGAAACCUUGUACAAAAACCUUGUAUUUGCGGUGCCAUUUGUUGAGCUGAAAGAGACAACUAUUAUUCUUUCUCAUGGUUGUAAAAAUAAAACAUCCUGGUUUGACAUGUACAGAAGCUUUAUCCAAAGAGCUUUCUAAAAAUGGGAGCUUGUCAGUAUAUUACCUUUUUUAUAGCUGGGAUGGAUGUUAAGUAUUGUAAUUGCUUGCAUCUGUAUGGCACUUUGACAGUUUUCUGUGGAAGAGAUAAUUCAUACAGCACUUUCAGACCCAGAGGAUACCAGUGUGCAUUACGAACAAAAGAGCACCCACAUAAGUGACAUACAGCAGGUCAGGAGGAGAACAGAAACCGCUUCAGUAAGUGAACCUCAGGUGGACAGUCCUUUGUUAAUCCCCUUGUGCUUCAUGAGAUUUUUAAGGCCUCCGUUGAACAUCUCUGUUUUUUUAUAGACAAAUGCAUUGCUGCAUUUUCACAGUAUUUUGUGAUUGAUUAGGGGUAGUCGUAUUUUUUGAUAAUGAGCAUUAAUUUUGUUUAACUUUUUUUUGGUAAAUUUUUAAAUAAGGCAUUAUGGUAAAGGCAGUUGGAUCACUUAGUUUUUGUUUGUUUUACUGAAGGAUAACUAUAUUAGGGCAUUAAGGAAUAUCUGAUUUGUUUCUGUCCAGGGAAUAGAUUAAAAAUGUUACAUUUAAUCCAGAACCACGUAUGUCCUCACUUCACCGAAUGGUCUUAAUGCUGUUCCAGCAUUUGGGACGUUUACCAUCUCCAAAAGCUGUAAAAUCUCUCCCUGAAUGUCCCAUUAAAAAAAAUGAAGUGUGUAAUGUUUAAUAACCUUUUUUCCCAGGAAUCCAUUUUCUCUCUGCAAGUUCUGCAGAAACUGAGAACAAUAUCUGUUUGUCAUUCAAAGAGGGCCUCUGUAUUUGUUUUCUCUCAUCAGUGUGUUUGCCUCACUUAACCAGUGCUGGAGGGGGGAAAAAAAGAUCCUUUAAAGUUUUUUAGCACUUACAGACUCUUCUCUUUGUAUCUGUGAUUUUUGCCUUAUCUGCGGCUUUGAAGUAAUUAUACGACCCGUUUGCAAAAUAUUGGCGAAUGACUUUGAAACAACUGCAGUGUAAGAGAUUGCAUUUUUUUUUUUCAGAUUUAACAUAAAAUGCAGGGGAAAUCAUUUGAUGCGCUGUGAUUUUGUUACUCUGAAUUAUUAUUAUGUUUUCAAAGAAAGGGCCCACUGUGCCAUGGCAAAUUUGUGGUUGCCAUAGAAACACUGUUGCUCGGUCACUAUUCUGUUCCUGAUGCGCUGUAAUUGUUACUAAUGUUCUAAUAAUCAUGGUGCCAUACCUGACGUAAAAGUGAAGCACUCUAGCUUGUUCUGAAAGCGCUCAGGUUUGUUGUUAUGCGGACUGAAUUGUCCUGUUGUCGUGGUCAUGAACUCAUAGUAUAUUAGCAACAGCACUGAGGCUCACUGACCCCAUCCUGCAGAAUGUUGCCAGUUUACGUUUGUUCUGCAUGGGAGCUGAAAUUCUGUUAGGAGGUUUAAUUCAGUGACAUUAUACUAUAAUUACCAUAUAAAGGGUUUGCAUUACAAAUGCUAAAUCCCAUACUUCAACAGUGUGCCUCAGAUGACUUUGCAAGAGUCAGUGUGACUCAAAGAGCAGACUUCUCUCUGCACUCUUUCAGGUCAAGCGUUGUGCGGCUAUAAUAAUGGAACAUGGGUUGUGAAAGUAAACCACAAGUUUGGAAGCUAUUUACCAGCAUGCUUUUAGGCUUUUUAAAUGCUUUGGGUAAAGCAGGAUAUAAUGUGAAUGUGCAGUGGAACAAGAAUGUGGCCCAAUUUGUAACUUGUGUUUUACCAUUAAUUCCUUUCGCACGAAUCAGUUUGAGUGAAGGAGUGCCUAGGACCUUUUGACACGCACUGAAAUCCCCGAGAUCUGCAGUCGAGUUAUUUUUAAUCACUAUGCAGCUCUGGCCUGGAAAGACGCGCCCCUCAUUGUUGAUCCUGCACGAACACACGCGUCCUUGCUUGCAUUUGUGUUCGGCGAUAAACAAAUUGAGUCUCUGAAAGCACUGCCAUGUUCCAGAUUACAGACUUUUUUCAGAUUUAAAAAAUAAAAUGCAAGGGAAAUCCUUCGAUUUUAGGAUUUUUGUUAUUAAAUGGGUUCUUCUGGAUUAUAACACAGUUUGGAUAAGUAAAAGCUCCUUAUUUGGUUAAAAAGCAUCAUAUGACUAUCUGUGUAGAGUGUGAAAUAGAGUAUAUAUACAAGACUAUAUUCUUACUUAAAAAAAGAUAGCCUAGAGCUGCUAAUGCUUUCAGAAUUAAGCAGUUCCCAACACUGUGCAAUGGACUUUGGGUAAGGUCAUACAUUAUACAGAUAUUGAACGGGUUAUGAGGGUUUAGAAGAGAGUCCUUCCUUGAAACACUAUGGAAUAUUGCAUCUAAAUGUUUUAUCCAAGAGCUCUAUAUUUCUUACUUUUCUUCACUCCUGUGUAGUGGUAUAUUAUUUAGUGUAUCCAUAUUGCCAAACUCUGUUUUCCAGGGAAAUAUGUGAAUAGCAACUUAACAUGUGCAGCCUUUUUGUUGUCUGUAUAGGGAAGUGAUCGUCUGCUGUUAUUGUAACUACUUAGUGUGUUUAUUGUUCUGAACCUUGGUGCUGUGUACUGUAAGCGUAAUGUUCACUUGAAUGUCCUUCAGGGUCUUCUUCAAUAAAACCUGAAUAUUUUUGGAA